UUGUCUUUCAAAGAAAGUGGGUCCGGCUGACUGGGUUUGUGCAAGUGGAUGGACAGUGGUGCUCUGAGACUUGCACACCAAGCACAUCUCCAUCCUUCUCAUUUAGCAACUCAUUGUGUGUGGAGUGGGUGGGUGUGGUUUUUCUGGACCAUAAAAACUUGAUCAUUGAACCAGAUAGUUACUGAGUGUCGCCGAGCUUCCACCCACAAUGGCUGAUUGGCAAGGAAGAUUUCUCUUGAUUUGGUUGUUAUGUCUCUGCCUCGGCUCCACGCCCCUCACCUUGGGCAUGGACCUUUGCUCGCAGUCGUUUUGCCAAUGUCCCGAGGCGGGCAAGGAAGUCAUCUGCACUUGCUCAAAUCCCAAUCAGAAUAUUAUCAUCGAUGACAAGAGUGUGCCGAUCCAAGCCAAGGUCGUGUUCAUUUCGGAAUGCGGGUCCGUGGACAUCCGCUCCAAUUCGUUCGCUCAAUGCCGAGACCUGGCCCACUUGCAGUUCACAAAUCUCAAGGAACUCGAGCUCAAGCCCAAUUUCUACAGCGAAUCUGAGCUGGAAUACAAGGAGCUAUCGAAUUUGACCGUAUCGAGGAUUGGAAGAGUCACCAUCAAUCCGCAGGCGUUUGUUAACUUUCCCAAAACCUCGAGGUCGUCGUUCCAUGAAGUGGGGAUUCGUGAGGUCCGGGAGAGAGAUCUGGAAAUCCUCACCGAUGAAUUUUCACUGACCAAUAGCGAGAUAGGAAUCCUCGGGAGAGCUUCGUUGUAUUCGGACGCGGGUCUUUUGGAAUUCAAGAACAAUCGGAUCGAGUUCAUCGAGUCAACGGCCUUUGAUGCCAGUGUGCGACGCUUCGAAUUCAUUGGCAACACCAUAGAUCACAUCGAGAACUCUGGGAUGAGUGUGGCUUGUCUGAAUGGCAAAAUCAUUGGCAAUACCUUCCACAAUCAGACGGGGAGUCCACUUUUGGAUUUUGGACCUGAUCCCGUUUGCGUUCCAGAUCCUGAAGCGGAAACUGAAGAGGACAUGCAAUACAACGUGGUCGCCAAUCCAAUUUUGGAGUUCACCGACAAUUUCUUCCAUAUUUUCACCGAUGACAUGCUCAACUUUCCAGGGGCCAACAACGUCCCUUUAGGAGCACUGGACAUUCGUGGGAACAAGGUCAAGUGCGAUUGUGAAGCCAUCAAAGAAUUCGCUGCUCUGGUGGACUUUGAGCACGUGGUUCCACGCGAACAUACACUACAACGAGGAGCACUCUUGUUCCGAAAAGAGUUCUACGAUUCCGGGAUUUGUGUCGAUGCCAAUGGGCAAGAACAGAGCUUAAAGGCAUUUGCUCGAAACUGGAUCAAAGUCGUGGAACCAGGAGUCAAUGGUAGUCUGGCUUGUUCAAUGGAUGUCCAACAACCUCAACGAAAACUGAAAAAGAGUCCCUCUACUUCCGAGGAUGUCUCAAACACUUCACAAAAGGAAGCCUUUGAAAUGAGUGCUCCCAAUGGUGAUGGUGCCUCAGGCUCUUCCGGCCCUCUUCGCUCAGGCCUCUUUGAGGCUGUCAGUAUUUCCAUUGUAACACUCACGUUCUAUUGCUGCGCCUAAACAUUUUUACAUUCAUGCCUUUUCUAUCUCGUAAUAAAUGCUAUCACUAACUGAG